AUGGGAUUUCUGAGUGUAGAAAUAUGUGUGGAUUUUAAAAUCAAGCUGCUCACAGUCGGUGGGAAGAAAUUGAAUCUCACAAUUUGGGACACUGCUGGACAGGAGAGGUUCAGAACAUUAACUAGCUCUUCUUACAGAGGUGCCCAAGGGAUUAUUCUAGUUUAUGAUGUUACUCGGAGGGACACCUUUACAAACUUAUCUGAUGUAUGGGCUAAAGAAGUAGAACUCUACUCAACUAAUCAGCACUGCGUCAAGAUGCUUGUUGGAAAUAAAGUUGAUAUUGAUUCUGAAAGGGUUGUAAGUAGAAAGGAGGGAAUUACACUAGCUAAAGAGCUUGGAUGUUUAUUUCUUGAAUGUAGUGCUAAAACCAGGGAAAAUGUGGAGCAAUGCUUUGAAGAACUUGCAUUAAAGAUAAUGGAGAUUCCUAGUCUCUUGGAAGAAGGAUCUACUCUAGUGAAGAGAAACAUUUUUAAACAGAAACCGGAAUACCAAGCACCUUCAAAUGGUGGUUGUUGCUCUUAAAAAAAAAAGGAUUCAGAUGAACAGAUCAUCAUGUACAUGUUAAUUUCUGUUCUAGUGUCACACUUGUUCUUGUCAUUGAAUUGAGUAAUUACAUGUACCUUUGAGAAUGGAAUAUUGGCACUCAGAUAACAUAUAUGACCUUGUGUAAAUUGUUUGCUUUUGUG